GAGCAUCAGGUGUUUGAACUUUUUUUCUGUUGAACUCAGACGGUAGAAAAACUCAUAAAAUAUAGAUCGUUCAUCUACAGUAUAGUAGAUACGGUCUGAACUCUAUUGGAUUGGAUUUUUACGGUUCAUAAUAUAUAUAUAUGGGUGCUACGACGACUUGCUGCUGCGCAUUUGUCUUCUUAAACAACGUCAGCAUCAUUGGCAUAAUUGACCGAGUGACUUCUUCUAUGGCCAUUCAAACGAUAGCAGUUCAACCAAGAGCAGUAAAACCAGCAAUACAAAGCUGAAUUUGAAAGUCUAUAUAUUGGAGACUCUUAAGCCUGAAAAAGGACACUAAAAACUGUGAGAACACUUCACCUCUCUGCAACUACUGCUGUCCAGUUAGAUUUGACUUUUACCUGCAAAAAGUAUUCUAUGCCCAAGAUGUCCUCGUUCAGUCGGAAUGCAAUUAGCCUAAUGCUAUGCCUUAUACUGGCAAUAGGCAGUCUAAGACUUCAGUUGGUUGAAGCACGUGUGCGUGAUCUCUGUCAGGUGAAACCCAGCACUAGUGGUCUCUGUGUGCCCAGCACUUUGGGCAUUUAUUAUGAUGAGGAGACCCAACAUUGCCAUUUCGUGGGCUGCAAUAACAAACGUCUCUUUAGCAGCUUAGAUGAUUGUGAAAAAAUAUGCAAUAAUUCCAGGCAUAUUAAGCUGCGAAGUCGCAGUCAACGGCAGAGAGUGAACGAAACCACAAAUUGAAAAUAUAUAAAUAUUUGGAUAAAGAAAAAAAGCAAAAGAACUCUCAUUUGUUGUUGUUGUUGUGGUUGUUGUUAUUCUCAUUAGAUAUCACGACAAUUGUAUUCACAUUCGACCUUGGUGGCAAAACGGUUAUCAUUUCCACCACAUCCGCCAUAGAUGAAGGGCUCACAAUGACGCUUGAUGGGAUUGUAGGCGUAGCUCUCCACAUAACCGAAACAACGACCACUGAUUGAGGGCUGUAGACACAUUUUCACUAGGAAAUAAAUACAUUUUUUUCGUUAAUUUUUUAUUUAA